AUGGACAACAUCGCAUCUACCGAGUCACAAUGGCUCUCGCAACUGGCAGCUAUGCGUCAGGCCAUCGCCGAUCUCAAGUUGCCUCAAAAUAUCCCUCAAGACUCUGUCGGCUACGGAAGUGACAUUGAUCUGGAUAUUGACGAUGAAUACUCCUCUCCAGCAACUGUUGAUGAUAUCUGGGAUGUCAUCAGCUCCGACGAUGAAACCUCUGACGACUUGGACGACCUGGACGGAUUCAACGAACUUCAUCUCGCAUCAGGAUCUGCCUACAACCGGUUCUGGCUGGAAGACAAGUGCCAGGACCUGGCUAUGCGAAAAUCGACUACGGAUGCCACCGAGCUUGCUCAGCAACUUAUUGCGACCCUUGCUGCUGACAGCAACGACGAGGAGCUACAAAUGUCUUUAGCCGAGAUUGUUGGAUUUGACGAUCUGGAUCUGGUGAUCGAACUGAUUGCACAUCGAGGCGAGAUUUUAUCGGACAAGGGUCCCCGUGGGGAAUCCCAGACGGAUGGACUCAUGGCUGGUAGACUUCAAACCCGAGCAGAGAGAGAACGUGCUCUGCGUCAGCGCGACUUUGAACAUAAGAAUGCGGCAUUGAUGCCAGCACAGACCCGCGCAGAGCCCUCUUAUCCACAUGUCUUCAAACAACAUACCUCUGGGAAUACACUUUCAGCUAAUGGGCGGAAAUACGGAUUACCUCUGGGUAGCGAGCAGAUUGAGGAACCAAAGUACACGGAAUUCGCUAUUCCAGCCUCGAAAGUUGGAACGCUUGGAAAGGGGCGGAAACUGGUUGAAAUUGCUGGGUUGGAUGGACUUUGCCGGGGAACAUUCAAAGGUUACACAGCUCUCAACCGCAUGCAAAGCUUGCUCUACGAUGUCGCAUACAAGACCAACGAAAACAUGCUCAUUUGCGCCCCCACCGGUGCGGGUAAAACCGACGCUGCCAUGUUGACCAUCCUUAACGCUGUUGGCAAGAACACAACUCCCAAUCCGUUGGAGGACCCAGAUGCGACUGAGUUCACCGUUCAAGUGGACGAUUUUAAAAUUGUUUAUGUUGCUCCCAUGAAGGCUUUGGCCGCUGAGGUGACAGAGAAACUUGGAAAGCGUUUGGGUUGGUUGGGUAUCAAAGUGCGCGAACUGACCGGUGAUAUGCAAUUGACCAAACGGGAAAUUGUGGAGACACAAAUUAUCGUUACCACCCCGGAAAAAUGGGAUGUCGUGACGCGUAAAAGUACUGGGGACACAGAGCUUGUCCAGAAAGUGCGUCUACUCAUCAUUGACGAAGUCCACAUGCUGCACGAUGAGCGAGGAGCAGUUAUUGAAUCCUUGGUUGCUCGAACCCAACGUCAGGUCGAAAGCACACAGUCCCUCAUUCGUAUUGUUGGACUGUCUGCCACUCUUCCUAACUACACGGAUGUGGCGGAUUUCUUGAAGGUAAACAAGAUGGCCGGCAUGUUUUUCUUUGAUCAGUCAUUCCGCCCAGUCCCUCUUGAGCAGCACUUUAUUGGUGUCAAGGGAAAGCCCGGCUCGAAACAGUCUCGUGAGAAUAUCGAUACUGUCGCCUAUGAAAAGGUUCGCGAUAUGAUGGAGAGAGGCCAUCAAGUGAUGGUCUUUGUCCACUCUCGCAAAGAUACUGUCAUGACUGCCAGGAUGCUCAUGCAGCUCGCUGCUGAGGAGGGACGUGAAGACUUAUUCAGCUGCCAUGAUCACGAGAACUAUUCCAAUGCCCUUCGUGACAUGAAGCACGCGCGUGCGCGCGAAUUGCGAGACCUUUUCGCUAGCGGUUUUGGAACGCAUCAUGCCGGAAUGACUCGAAGUGAUCGCAACCUGAUGGAGCGUAUGUUCUCAGAGGGCCUAAUCAAAGUACUCUGCUGUACUGCCACUUUGGCGUGGGGUGUCAAUCUUCCCGCAGCCGCGGUAGUCAUCAAAGGAACUCAAUUGUACAAUCCCCAAGAGGGUAAAUUCAUCGACCUGAGUAUUCUUGAUGUUAUGCAAAUCUUCGGUCGUGCAGGUCGUCCACAGUUCCAGGACACUGGUAUUGGAUUCAUUUGCACUACUCAUGACAAGCUAAACCACUACUUGUCUGCUGUGACUGCGCAGCAGCCAAUCGAGUCGCGGUUCUCCAGUCGACUCGUGGAUAACUUGAAUGCUGAAAUCGCCCUUGGCACAGUUACAUCUGUUCCAGAGGCCGUGCAAUGGCUCGGUUACUCCUAUCUAUUCGUGCGUAUGCAACGCGAGCCAAGAAACUAUGGGAUUGAGUUUGCCGAACUACGCGAUGACCCAAUGUUGGUUCAAAGGCGGAGACAGUUGAUCAUUCAAGCAGCGCGAGUCCUGCAAAAAAGCCAGAUGAUUAUCUUCAAUGAUAAGACCGAAGAUCUCAAGGCUAAGGAUGUCGGUCGCAUCGCAAGUCAAUACUACGUUUUGCAGACCAGUGUUGAGAUUUUCAACGACAUGAUGCGUCCUCGUUCUGGUGAAGCAGAUGUGCUCAAGAUGAUCAGUAUGAGUGGGGAAUUUGACAACAUUCAAUCUAGAGACAGUGAAUCAAAGGAGUUACAGCGACUGCGUGACGAAGUUGCGCAGACCGAAGUCGCUGGAGGAAACGACACCCCUCACGCGAAGACCAAUCUCUUGUUGCAAGCCUAUAUCUCCCGUGCCAAGAUUGAAGACUUUGCUUUAGCCUCUGAUACUGGAUACGUAGCCCAGAACGCGGCGCGUAUCUGUCGUGCUCUUUUCAUGAUUGCACUGAACCGGCGCUGGGGCUACCAAUGCCAGGUUCUAUUGUCGCUCUGCAAGUCAAUUGAGAAGCAAAUCUGGCCCUUCGAUCACCCCUUCCGUCAAUUUGACUUACCCCAGCCUGUUUUGAGGAAUCUUGAUGAAAAGCUUCCUGCUACUUCUAUUGAGUCGAUGAAAGAAAUGGAACCUGCGGAGAUUGGCCAACUCGUCCAUAACCAUCGCAUGGGCAAUACAUUGUCUAAGCUUCUAGACAAUUUCCCAACUCUCACUGUGGAGACCGAAAUUGCGCCGUUGAACCGUGACGUGCUUCGCAUUCGCCUUUUGAUCUACCCCGAAUUCACAUGGAAUGAUCGCCACCAUGGAGCAUCGGAGUCCUUCUGGGUUUGGGUCGAGAACUCGGAAACUUCCGAAAUUUAUCAUCACGAAUAUUUCAUCUUGAGUCGAAGGAAGCUUUAUGAUGAUCACGAGCUCAACUUCACUAUCCCGCUCUCGGACCCGCUUCCCAGCCAAAUCUAUGUUCGUGUGAUCUCUGAUCGCUGGCUAGGUGCUGAAACUGUUAGCCCAGUCUCCUUCCAACACCUUAUUCGCCCUGACACUGAAAGUGUAUAUACCGAUUUGCUCAACCUCCAACCGCUACCUAUAUCGGCUCUUAAGAAUCCUAUUCUAGAGGAGAUUUAUGGACAACGCUUCCAGUUCUUCAAUCCUAUGCAGACACAAAUCUUCCAUCUUCUUUAUCACACACCGGCCAAUGUUCUCCUUGGUUCUCCCACUGGUAGUGGAAAGACUGUCGCAGCUGAGUUGGCAAUGUGGUGGGCCUUCCGUGAAAAGCCCGGUUCCAAGGUUGUCUACAUUGCCCCCAUGAAGGCCUUGGUCCGCGAGCGAGUGCAGGAUUGGCGCAAGCGUAUCACCAACCAGAUGGGUCUAAAGCUUGUGGAGUUGACCGGUGACAACACGCCUGACACGCGUACUAUUCGCGAUGCCGAUAUCAUUAUUACCACACCUGAGAAGUGGGACGGUAUCUCGCGCAGUUGGCAGACUCGUGACUAUGUCAGAAAGGUGAGCCUUGUGAUUAUUGACGAGAUUCACUUGCUCGGUGGUGAUCGUGGUCCCAUUUUGGAAAUUAUUGUUUCUCGAAUGAACUACAUCGCGUCCCAAUCCAAAGGAUCUGUUCGGCUGAUGGGUAUGUCUACUGCCUGUGCCAACGCGUCCGAUCUGGGCAAUUGGCUUGGUGUCAAAGAAGGUCUCUACAACUUCCGUCAUUCAGUUCGCCCAGUUCCACUUGAGAUUUUCAUCGACGGAUUCCCUGAACAGCGUGGCUUUUGUCCCUUAAUGCAGUCGAUGAAUCGCCCAACAUUCCUUGCUAUCAAGAAUCACUCUCCCGAAAAGCCGGUCAUUGUCUUCGUUGCGUCUCGUCGACAGACUCGUCUCACUGCCAAAGAUUUGAUCAAUUAUUGUGGUAUGGAGGACAAUCCUCGUCGAUUUGUGCGAAUGUCUGAAGAUGAUUUGGAAUUGAAUCUCGCACGAGUGAAGGAUGAUGCCCUCAGAGAAGCCCUCAACUUUGGUAUUGGUUUGCAUCAUGCAGGUUUGGUAGAAUCCGAUCGUCAACUGGCAGAGGAGCUCUUUGCGAAUAACAAAAUCCAAGUUCUGGUGGCGACCAGUACCCUUGCAUGGGGUGUUAACCUUCCGGCACAUCUUGUGGUGGUGAAGGGCACACAGUUCUUUGACGCCAAGAUUGAAGGCUAUCGGGACAUGGACUUGACUGAUGUUCUGCAAAUGCUUGGUCGUGCAGGCCGCCCACAAUUCGAUACUUCUGGUAUCGCGCGUAUUUUCACGCAGGAUUCAAAGAAGCCAUUCUACAAGCACUUCCUUCACACUGGGUUCCCUGUUGAGUCAACCUUGCACAAGGUUCUCGACAACCAUCUUGGCGCUGAGGUAUCUGCUGGAACUAUCGGAACUCAACAAGAUGCACUAGACUACUUGACUUGGACAUUCUUUUUCCGUCGAUUGCACAAAAACCCCUCAUACUACGGCCUCGAGAUCUCUGCAGAAGAACAAAACACGAUGGCCGCCCAGGCCACAGCCCAAGAGUUCAUGGUUGAAUUGGUUGGAAAAUCGCUCAACGACCUGGCAGAGUCUUCUUGCGUUCUUGUGGAUUCGGCCACUGGAGAGGUCGAUUCCACUCCCUUCGGCAAGAUUAUGAGUUACUACUACCUGUCGCACAAGACAAUCCGAUACCUCAUGUCACAUGCGAAGCGAGAUCCGACUUUCGAGGAUGUCCUGAGCUGGAUGUGCUCUGCAACGGAAUUUGACGAGCUGCCUGUCCGACACAAUGAAGACCUUAUCAAUGCCGAGUUGGCCCAGAACCUGCCGCUCUCCAUCGACUGCAUGGGCGAUGCGCCUCUGUGGGACCCACAUACCAAGGCUUUCCUCCUCCUACAAGCAUACAUGUCGCGGAUUGAUCUCCCAAUUACGGAUUAUGUCGGUGAUCAGACAUCUGUGCUUGAUCAGGGCAUUCGUAUCAUUCAGGCAUCAAUCGAUGUCAUGGCUGAACUUGGGUAUCUUCCUGCGUGUCAGAUGCUGAUGACUCUACUCCAAUGUAUCAAAUCAGCACGUUGGCCGGAGGACCACCAGCUAUCAAUUCUUCCGGGUAUUCCGACCGAGAAGCCACCCAAGGGUCUCCCGGGAACCCUUGUCUCCCUCGCAUCGCAGCCUACUAGUGCGGUUGCUGCUUUGGUCAAGAAGUUGAACCUACCCUUCAACUUUACUCGCAUUUCCUCCCAGUUGCCUCAGCUUUCCGUGUCGAUUGCGAGUGUGUCUGCAAAGGGUGUGGCCGUAUCCCUGACACGGCGUAACCCACCCGCAAAUCCUGACUGCAGGGUUUACGCUCCUCGAUUCCCCAAGCCACAGACCGAGGGCUUCUUCUUGAUUGUCUGUAGUGCAUUGCCUAAUGGGAUGGAUGGUGAGCUCCUCGGCCUGAAGCGUGUGUCUUGGCCCCCGGCGUCUAAGCGCAACGGAAACGGCAAGGGUACAAACAGCAAGGGCAAGGGCAACGCCGGCGCUGGUUCCAGCCGCGGAGGGCCUUCCAACGACAAGACUGGCGGGCUGUUGACCGUUCGGUCCAACGUCAAAUUCCCCGAGGGAAUCCUCGCUGAAUCUACAAGUACCAGUACCGCUCGGGUGAACAUCCGAGUCAUCAGUGACUCCUAUGUUGGAAUGACAUGGACUGUCUCUAAUGUAGAGGUGAACCUGGACAGUGGUGUCGAGGUACAGACAGUAGAAGAGUCCAGUGUUCCUACCAAAGACUAA